CUGUUACCAGUGUGACAAUGGCAAUUAUGGUGGCGGCAGUGCAUGCUACAGUUGUAACAGAUUUUGACACAUGGCUAGGGAUUGCGUCAAUGGAAGUGGCGGAGGCGAUGGAGGAGGAGCAAACAGUGGGGGCUACUUUAAGUGCGGCGAGUUCGGGAGCAUGACGAGACAUUGCAGUGGAGGUGGCGGCGACAGUGAGUUUGGACACAUGGCAAGGGACUACAGCGGAGGUGGCGGUAACGGUGGUGGUUGCUAUAGGUGUGGUGAGGUUGGUCACUUGGCUAGAGAUUGCAACAGAGAAGGUGGUUUAGGUGCUAGUAGAAAUGGUGGAAAGAGCACGUGCUUCAAUUGUGGGAAGCCUGGACAUUUUUUACUUUUGCAGAGGAUUUUGACGGUGGAGGAGAGGGAGGAGGGGCAGUCCAGAUAA